AUGACCGAAUCCACGAUCCCUCUUGCACUCUACCUAUUCAAUAGAAUCAAACAGCUCGGCAUUGAGCAUAUAUUGGGUGUUCCAGGAGAUUUCAACCUUCAGCUUUUGGAUUUUAUAUAUAAGGUCCCGGAAUUGAAAUGGGUUGGCUGCUGUAAUGAAUUAAAUGCUGCCUAUGCUGCAGAUGGAUUCGGUCGUAUUAAAGGUACUGGUUCUAUUGGGAAUGUCUCUGAACCAGGACCCAGACUUCCUGGUGUACUCAUUACUACCUAUGGAGUUGGCGAACUUUCUGCAUUGAAUGGUGUUUCUGGUGCUUUUGCUGAAACAGUUCCUUUGCUCCAUAUUGUGGGUACAACUGGUCGUGCCAUUCAGGAAGACCAUCUUCUUAUUCACCAUGUUAGACCAAGUGUAGGACUGGAGCCUGCUGACCAUACCAUUUAUAUGGAGACAUCCAAACCAUUCUCAUGUGCCCAUGAGUUUCUACUUGAGCCUAAAAAAGCUGCUCACCAGAUUGAUCGGGUAAUUACAGAAGUCAUUAAGAACUCGAGACCAGGAUAUUUGUAUAUUCCAGCUGAUAUGGUUCACGCUAAAGUCCCCGAAAGUCUGCUACACACUCCUUUGGACUUAUCUCUCAAAAACUCGGAUGUAUCUCUCGAGGAUAAUAUUGUGGAUGACAUCCUGGCUGCUAUUUAUGCAUCAAAGUCGCCUAUUAUUUUGGCAGAUAUUAUUGCUGCUAGAUUCAAUUUGACAGAUGCUAUUCAGGAGCUCGUUGAAACAACUCAGUUUUGGUCCUUUACCACUCCACUUGGUAAAGGUUUGAUUGACGAGACUAGUCCAAAGUUUGUGGGGGUCUAUAACGGCAGUUUAUCGCUUCCUGGUGUUGCAGAAGCUGUUCAUGAUUCAGAUCUUGUCAUUAACUUUGGGCCACUCCUUUCUGAUUCCAAUACUGGUGGUUUGAGUAGAGAAAUUAAAGAGGAAAACUUAAUUGCUCUUCAUCCACUUUACGUCAGUGUUAAAGGGAAAUUAUACAAAGAUAUUCAAUUUGUGCCUGUUGUCAAGAAGCUUCUACAACGUCUUGACAAGACAAAACUACCAGUUGCUGGGCCCAAGCCUAAAGUCAAGCCACUGGAAGACCCUCCCACUACUCAUAUCUCUCAAGAGUACCUUGUAAAGGCCCUUUCUAAGUUUGUCAGACCAAAGGAUACUGUUGUGGUUGAGUCUGGUACAUUCCAGUUUGCCGUACCUGAUGCUGAUUUCAAGGAAAAUACCUCGUUCAUCACUCAAAUCUUCUACUCAUCUAUUGGAUAUGCUCUUCCUGCCGCCCUUGGUGCUGCCAUUGCAGCUCGCGAGCGCAAUCAGGGUGAGCGUAUUGUCCUUGUUGAAGGUGAUGGGUCUGCUCAGAUGACUAUUCAAGAACUGGGUACCAUGGUCCGUCACAAGCUGCCUAUCACUAUUUUCCUUCUCAAUAAUGAUGGUUACUCCAUAGAACGUGCCAUUUGGGGACCUGAGCAAAAGUAUAAUGAUAUUUGCCCAGGAUGGAACUGGACUCAACUUCUUUCUGUCUUCGGUGGUAAAGAAGGUGAGACCGUUGCAAAUUAUAAAGUUACUUCUCGUGAAGAGUUUGAAACCCUUCUUUCUGAUAAGAACUUCAAUGAGAACACAAAUAAGGUUCAGUUGGUAGAAGUUGUUCUUGAUGCAUUCGAUUACCCCUGGUUACUCAAGGCUCAAGUGCAGCGCAUGGGCCCGUUUAAUGUUAAAAAGGGAAUUGAGUAUGCAAAGAAGCGUAACGAAAUCUAG